UAUACAUAUAUUACAAAGAAAACACGUUUUUGAAAGAUUGAGCAGACACAUCGAACCGAAAGAGAGAGAAAUAAGAGCGAGAUAGUCGAAUCGCCUGCGGCUCUCUUGUUCUCCAACCAGUUUCAAGCUUCGGGAUCUAUAAUUUUGUGUCUGUGACCAUGACUACUUCAAGGCGUCUAGCAGAUAGGAAGGUUGAGAAGUUCGAUAAGAACAUAACAAGAAGAGGAGCUGUGCCUGAGACCACCGUCAAAAAGGGAAAGGACUACCCUGUUGGCCCUAUUUUACUUGGGUUCUUCAUCUUCGUUGUUAUUGGAUCAUCUCUCUUUCAGAUAAUCAGGACAGCCACAACUGGAGGCAUGGCAUAAUUGUAACGUUGUCCGUACUCUGAAGUGUUACUCGGUCGUCUUUUACAUUUUUUUUUUUUGGCCCAAUCUAAUUUGUUGUAGGAAGUUAAUAUACUUUACGAGACCAGAGGGUUACUCAUGUUAUGAAGAGCUUAAAUAUUUCAAUAAACAGACCCCAUUUGUUCGUCGAUUA